CUCCAGACUGAAUGCAGGCGGAGGGGGGAAGUGGAGAGAGGAGAGAGAGAGGGAAGGAGAGAACGUACAGGCCUUGCCAAAUAAAGCCAUGGGGGCCUGGGCAGUGACGGCCCUUUCUCCACUAUAAAUACGCUGCUCUUCUGCAGGUUCGGGUUUGGUGCCUGGAGCUCUGGACCACUGACUGCACCAGCCCGUCUCAGGAGAUUCUCAUCCGCUCUCAGGCCUGUCACUAUGCCCCGGGUGGAUGUUGACCUCAAACUGGACUUCAAAGAUGUCCUUUUCAGACCAAAGAGGAGCAGUCUGAAAAGCAGGUCUGAGGUUGACCUGCAGAGGACCUUCACAUUCCGGAACUCAAAGAAGACAUACAAUGGCAUCCCAAUCAUCGCUGCUAACAUGGACACCACCGGCACUUUUGAGAUGGCACAGGUGCUCAGCAAGCACACUCUCUUCACAGCCAUCCAGAAGCACUACUCCCUGGAGGAGUGGAAGACUUUUGCUGCCAGUCAUCCAGAGUGCCUUGAGCAUGUGGCGGCCAGCUCAGGCAGUGGAGUGGCGGAUCUAGAGAAACUGUCCAGCAUCCUGGAGGCCAUUCCUCUCAUCCAGUACAUCUGCCUGGACGUGGCCAAUGGCUACUCAGAACACUUUGUAGAGUUUGUAAAAAGAGUUCGGGAAAAGUUUCCUAAGCACACCAUCAUGGCAGGAAAUGUGGUGACAGGAGAGAUGGUGGAGGAACUUAUUCUGUCUGGAGCUGAUAUCAUAAAAGUGGGCAUUGGGCCAGGUUCUGUGUGCACCACACGCAUUAAGACCGGUGUGGGUUAUCCUCAACUGAGCGCUGUUAUUGAGUGUGCUGACUCGGCCCAUGGACUGAAAGGACACAUAAUAUCUGAUGGAGGCUGCAGUUGCCCUGGGGAUGUUGCCAAAGCUUUUGGUGCUGGAGCAGAUUUUGUCAUGCUGGGAGGAAUGUUAGCAGGACACGAUCAAUGUGCGGGUGAAAUCAUUGAGAAAGAGGGCAAGAAGUUCAAGCUGUUCUACGGGAUGAGUUCGGACACGGCCAUGAAGAAGUAUGUCGGAGGAGUAGCAGAGUACAGGGCAUCAGAGGGCAGGACGGUCCAGGUGCCCUACAAAGGUGACGUGGAAAACACCAUCAGGGACAUCUUGGGUGGUUUGCGGUCCACAUGCACAUAUGUAGGAGCUGCCAAACUCAAAGAACUGAGCCGCAGGACGACCUUCAUCAGAGUCACACAGCAGGCUAGCCAAAUGUUCACCUAGUCACACAGGCUAAAAAAACAUGCACACUCACCAUUACUAGUUAAGGAACAGUUGAGCUGAAAAUGAAAAUUCAUUUCUGUCAUCAUUCUAUCAAUUUGUGUGAAUUGUUUCUGUAAAUAAGCAGCAUAGUUCUACCAUAAAGAGAGGGAAGACAUUCACAAACAGAUUUCCCUCUGUCUUGCAGUUUUCUGUGCUCUUUAGAGUCAUCUGAUUCCUUAGCUAACUCAUUCAAAAACACUAUUACACUCAGACAGACAGGCCCAGAUUCUCAGGAACCUUGCUGUAUACAUUUCUUUGGAAAGCCAAUGUUGCAGUAUGGCUCAGUUUUGUUCAUUUAAAGCCUUUAAGUUCUUUAAAGUAUGCAAUGGGGUCGCAUCUGUAUGAGAGGGUGAAUAAGGAAACACCCAAUAAGUCUCUUGACAGGACAAUACUAGAGUGAAAUGAUUCAUUCUUGGUAACUAUGCAACCCAUUCUCUCCCUAUAGUAUAGCAACUGAAAGAAAUGCAUGCUAGUGAAGAAAUUACACACCAGCAGAGAAUCUUCUCUGCCACUUUAUGCUCGCCCCUGUGUGUUGUACUGUAAGUUUGAGCUGAUCUGAGCAGAGAUUGGCGCAUUGUGUACUGUUGUGAACUAUUUCUGCUGGCCUGCUUCCUUUGUGAUUGUACAAUGGGUGUGGUGGGAUGUCAUAUCAGACCAGAGGAAUGUGAAAACUUCUGCACCUCAUUUCUUCAACAUGCCUUGUGCAGUUUAUAUGAGUUAGAAAAUAGAGGAUUAAAAGUGUUAUAAGUAAAACAUUACAUAUGGAGGAAUAAACAUCUGAAUGAGAA